CUCUAUUAACGCUGUAGAUAUGAUUUUAGAAGAACCAAUAAUAGCACGGACUCUGGUGCUGGCUGGUGGCUUCGCGCGCAAUAGUGAGUAGCCGGUACACCACGUCCAAAGACCGAUGGUCCACCUCAUACUUCCCUUCCCUCUGCUUUAUAUUUGAUACUUCCGCAAGACUCUCUUGUAAGUAAACGCCCUUAACAUACGAGCAUUAAUCUAGGUAGUUUUAUUUCUUUCUGGUGUGCAUUAUGGAUGACACAUACCCCGUCACUCCGCAGAACAAGAUCAACAGAUACAGAGACCGGGCUACAUAUGACGCCGAAGUAGUCCAUUCCAUCGUAAAUGAAACGCCCGUUGCGCACCUCUCCUUCAUCCCCGACCCGUCAAACCCUCAACCUGUCGUACUGCCUAUGAUCGCUCAAAUAGGCAAAUAUCCUUCCGACGAGGAGGCAGCAUGCUAUGUCCACGGUUACGUGUCCGCACGCAUGUUUCGCCAGAACGAUUCAAAAGGCGAAGGGUUUCCCGUCUGCAUAGCCGCUACGAAAGUCCUCGGCUUCGCGCUUGCUGUCACACCUUUUAAUCAUAAUUAUGAUUACCGCUCGGCCGUCAUACACGGAAAUGCAAUGAUCUUAGACCCUAAAACUGACCGUGAGGAGGUGCUGUGGGCUAUGCAACUCAUUACGGAUGGUAUUGUCCCUGGUCGCUGGUCAAACUCCCGUGUUCCACCCGAUAAUGCUGAGAUGGCGUCCACACGCAUCAUGAAAGUACGCAUUAGUAGUGCUAGUGCGAAAGUACGCGAGUUGGGUGUCGUGGAAGAUGAGAAGAGCCUCCGAGAUGAAAAGUCGAGGGGUAUCGUUUGGACUGGCACAAUACCGUACAUUGAGACGCUUGGCGAUCCCAUUCCGGCGGAUACAAACAUGGUCCCGGCAGUACCAGCAUACAUUAAGGACCAUGUUCGAGAACAUAAUGCGAGAAACGGGUCUUUGAGAAGAGCACCUAGUGACACUCGUAAGAUAGUAGGGCUACUUGAAACUUUCGAGAAAAGCAAGAAGCAGGUCACCUACUACGGCAUAGAUCUAUCGAGGCCGUCUCUUCAUGAAGCGCUUUCGAGCCUUCGAGCUAACUAUUUGUACGUGGAAUGUAUCGGGCUUUGGGGGACAUGGGAUGUCGCGCUGGAGUGGUCUAAAGUACACAUAGAUCCAGCGCGCCCAAGACUCUUCCUCAGCCUUAGAUCCAUAUUCGGGAACGACCACUUUGAUGCUGCUGUCUCGAAAUUGCGAUUCUGGGCACGGAAUGCACUUACAAAGCCGCAUGACUCCAUGCUACUUGGCAUGGAUUCUACCGUAGACAAGAGCGUUGCACUUGCUGCAUAUACCCAGAAUGACGGCCUAUAUGAGCGCUUCAUUCGUAAUGGUUAUAAGCAUAGUAAUAGAGUCCUGGGAGAGGAGUGAUAUAAAGAUGAUGAUUGGGCCUUCGAGAUAGUAGUUCAGGAUGAACCGAGAAUGUAUCGAGCUGUCCUCCGUGCUAAGAGGGAAGUGGUUGUUCGCCAAUCUGGCCUGAUUCUCGCGGAGGGUACUGCGCUUGACUGCUGGGAAGCCUUUAAGUACACACCCGAGGAAAUGUACAAACAGUUUGACGGUGCGGGUCUCACUGCAGAUCGACAAUGGAAAACACCAUCAGCAGAGAUGUGUAAGUAUGAAAUAUGUCUGUUUUCGUUGAUGAGUUGAGCUAACUGUGAUUCAAUAAAAUAAGAUCUUUUCCACCUCAAGCGAACCGUGGCUUGAAUACGUCGUACGUACUGUCUGCAGAGAGUGAUGAUCUUGGAGAGGGGAUGGAGGGGUAUUCUAUCAAUCAGGUUUAUCUCUUUCAUAGCAUUUUUGCUCAGCUAUAAAAAUUUAUCUGAUCACUGGGUUGCGACAAAUGGUCAAUGGUAUGUGACGAGAAUACCAGCAUAGGUUCUUAAUAAGGGGAAA